AUGCAAGAUUUCCAAGUUUCAUCGAAAGGGCAAGAAAAAAAACAAUGCAAUGACAAAGAUAUGGAAGAUAUCAAUGAUGAUCUAUCAUACAUAAAUUGUCGUCUUCUGUUACCAUCAUCAAUCUUUGCAGUAAUUAGCAUUGCAGCUAUUUUGGUUGGGACAAUUCUAGGUCAUUUCUAUGACACUAAACGAAAAGAAGAUGGAAGCAUACCAUCUUGGUUAUUUGCAUCAGGAUGGUACUCAAAAUAUUGCACGAAUUCGACAUCAACUAUGAUACCUGACUGGUAUCUUCCAUCAGUACUUCGAUUACUUGAACUUACUGUGCAAGCAAAUGUAUCAUUUCGUAUAGCAGUCUGUAUUCCAACAUCGCUUCGAUUAUUUCAAAGUUAUUUAAAUGCUAUUAUUAAUGAGCGCUUUUGUCCACAUACCAAGAAAUGGUUAUGGUAUCGUUGGUGUAAUAUUGCUGUUCCAAUCUUACUUUUAUUUGAAAUUUCCUUCUGUACACUUUUUACAAUAAAUACCAUUCGUCAAGAUUAUCAAAUUUUAUAUAAAAUAUCAUUUAAUUUAUUCAUAAUCAGUGCUCUAUUACAUAUGACCGCAUGUACUGCAGUAACAAUUUAUCGAAGAAAUGAAAAAAACCAGACAAUUGAUCAAAUAUCGAUAAUAGUCAAAUUAUUAUGUUUGAUUACAUUUGGUAUAGUAACACCACAAGUGACUAUUUUCCAUAAUACAUUUAUCGAUUCUCCCACAUGUCACUAUUAUGUGCCACCUUAUCAGGCCUUAUGCGAAUACAUAUUAAUUAUUUCCAAUGCUUUGUUUCAUCUAACAAUUAUCACCGAUACACGAAACUUGAGGUUUCUUAUUUAUCCACGCACAUGUUCCGGUGAAUGCGAACCAGUAAAUCCUGAGAAUUUUCGAAAAGGAGGCAAAUUCGAGCACUGUCGUUCACAAUAUCAUUUAAAUAAGAAAAAGUUGAUGAAUAAUAUGAAAAUGAAAGAAACUACAUUUUAG